AUGAGUAUCCCCAACUUAAAGGUUGGGGAAAAUAUAAGCUCAUUAAGCAAUAUUUCGGAUACAAUGAAGAAUUUUCUUGAGAGGGUUGUAGAUAUCCAUAAUUUAAUCGAUCCUCCAAAAUUUUACAAAGAAAAACUUGCAAAAAUUAAAAUAAACCCUAAUAAUUCCGAUAUAUAUCAAGAGAUAGCUCAUGUUCUACAAUCCGAAAUCAUUGAUUGCAAACAAAAACUCGAAUCAAUUUCAAAUAAAAUCAAUACACAGCAUCCUUUUGUUGAAACUGCACAUUAUUUUGUUGGUAUUGUGACAAAGAUUACAGAACGCUUACAUUUCCUCAGCAAAUUAAUGCUUUCUGAUGAUGAAAAUUCAAAAAUUUUGUCUGCAUGUGAAUAUCUCAUCAAUAAAUACAAAUAUUCAUUUUAUAUAGAAUCACAGCUAUCUCAUCUUGACAUUUAUACGCAUCUACGAGGCAAAAACAUUCUUGAUGCCGCUUUGAAUCGUUCUUAUGCAGAUUUGAUUAAUGCCAAGUCAAGAAAAUUCAAAUAUAAUAAAACUAUGGACGAAAUACGUAGUGAAAUAUUUAAAAUUUCAAAAAAUAUCGGAAUUAUUCCGAAUCUUGAUGAAAAUGAUGGUAAAACAUUCUUUUAUGUUGCAGAAAUAGAGUUUGGUAAAUCAAUUCAAGCGAUAAAUCCAUUCGAUCCUGAUUUUUCUCAAUCGAAAUCUCAUUUUUUAAAUUCUGAGUCGCUUUUUUCAAAGCAGCAUGCGAAUGUUGAGAUCAUUCUUAACUUGAUACUCAAUCCAGAUACAAGUAGUAUCUGUAAACUAACAGAAAACGAUGAUUUUGGAAAUGAUGGAAAAUUUGGAGAUCCGAUUAUUGGAGCAUACAGGUAUCUUCGAUUUAUUAAACAGAGAAUGUUACUGCAUGAUAUAAUGUCAACUGUUAAGAGAAAUUACGAAAUUUUAGGAUAUAUCAUGAAAAAAGAGCACUUAGAAGUUCACCAACUGUUUCAAACAUAUUUCCGUGUAAUAUGGGAGAACUUUCAUACAUCAUGUGCUAAUUUAAUGCAUGAAAAUCCCGAUUCUGAUCUUGGAUCUUAUAUUAUCAGUCUUUUUGAAUCGCAAUUAGCAUUUGAGAAGGGUAAAAGCAAUCUAACUAAUGUGAUCAAUAUGAUAGCCUCGAAUUCAAAGGAUUCCGUAUACGAAAAUUUUAUUGAAAAAAUCAUUAACUACAAAAUCAUAUUUACUAAGUAUUCUGAUAUCACUGAUAUUGAUUAUCUCAGAAUAGGUGCUGAUCUGUUUAAUUUGGCCUCUAAAAGGCUUCAAACUCUCAUAGAUUAUCAUAUUUUGAAUACAAGAGUGAUUUCUCAUUUAAUAGGAAGCACAGUAGACUUCCCAAUAACUAAUUUCAAUGGGAAUCAUAUUCCUACUUCAAUUUAUGAGGUUUUUCCUGAUUUGGAUUCUUUGAAAAUUUUAUUGAAGGAUUAUCAAAGCAUUUCUGAAGAAAUAGCAGAGGCUUUUAGUAUAUCUCAGAAUUUUUACCCUUAUUUGUACUACGGAUUUUGGAAAUCCCUUCAAAUUGACAAGAAAAAUUUUCCAUUUUUUCCAGAAACUUAUUGCAAGCUUAAAAAUUGCUCUGAUUCUGUUAUAUCGUUAUUCCAAUGUCCAUACAUUGACUCAAUUUCGAAAUAUGAUCGAUUUGAACCUCAAAUUUUUUAUCAAUUUAUAAAAUCAUGUUUCGGAUUGAGAUUGGAGGUCAUUAGAACUAUUAACUUGAUAGAUAAGUAUAAUGAGCAGCUUAAUGAACAUAAUAUUGUAAGUUUUGCUCUGAAUUCUGAAUUUAAUUUUUCUGACACUGAAAAAGUCAGUAAAAUGAUGACAGAAGACGGUAUUGAAUUAUUUCAAGAUAUGCUGAUGGCUCAGAAAAGGUAUAAUCUAUAUUUAGAAGCAAUAAUUAUUCAUAAUAACGUAAAUUACAAUAAAAAGUACAUAGAAGACAAAUUAUAUGGAGGAGAUAGGGAUAGAAAGAUCCUUUAUCAGCUCUUUUUCAACACAAUUCAUGUUGAAAAUCGAAAAUUUCAAUAUUUGAAGAAAGAUUUGUUCCAAAACUUCGAAAAUUCAGAAGAAUUUGAAAGAUUUAUUACACCUUUGAUACUCCAAAACGAACUUAUAUCAAUAACAACAAUAGAAAGGUCAUUUUUAACUUUUGAUCCAGAUCCAAACAGACUAAUACGAGAUGGAAGGAAACUACUUGUUUCUGAUGGUAAAAUAAAUACAUUGGUGUUCCCUGAUCAAUACGAAAUCAUGAAAAUUUUCGAUACAAAUUUAUUAAAGUCAGGAAUUGAUUUUACAGCGGAAAGAUUAGGUAUAAUGUAUUUCAUGAGAUAUAUCUCUAACAUACAGGUAGAAAACAAGCAACUUUCGCAGUCAAUUUUGAAAAAUCGAGUAAAUUGGGAUUCAAAACUUCUUGACCAAUUAACUGUUGAUAGCUGUUCAUGGUUUAAAAAGAUCUUGUUUUUGAAGCUUCAAUGUGCUGUUUUGAACUCAAUUCAAAAUCAAUACAGCAAAUACGGGGGUUCUGAGCUUUACCAAGACUACGUUAAGGAAAUUUAUACAACAGCGAAGAACUGUGUCAACUUUUAUGUCCAUGAAAACUAUAGUCCUUCGUGGAUUGAUAAAAAUUUUAAUAAUUGUAGCUUAGUUGCACGUAAUGAGCUGUUAGUUGAAUUUUCUACGAUAAAAUUAUUACCAAUAACGAAGGAACAUUACAUAGAACUCUUAAAUCAGUACACAAAUUCAAUUUUGUAUCUUAUCUUUCCACAGAUACAAAAUGGAAGCAAGAAACCAGAAGAGUUAUCAAUAUUGAGCGUAUUAGAUACCACAUCUUUCCAAUUUACCCGUGGAAGUAGGAUUUUGAGUUCACAAUCUCAAACAAUUCAAUUUAACAAGGGAUUAAAGACUCAAGAAGAAGCAGUAAUAUACAUCAUUGAUUCUAUUAUUAAUCCCAAGUCUGUAGAUAAAGCAAAAUCUAACGAAUCUGAUGAUUUCGAAUUCCAAAUCAUCAAAAAACCGGAAUUUUAUAGGAAAUCCAUCAGAAUUGAGCCUUUGAGAUCGUACUAUAACACAAAAAGCUCCGAAAUAAAUCGCCAAUUUAACCAAGAACUCGCAUAUGCAGAUCAUUUCAUUAGAAGAAAGAUUUCGGAGCUUAUGACCUCUCUAAAUCCUGCUCUUGUUGACGAAUUUACGUUUUCUUUAGGAUUUUUGGAGGAAUUAUUGAACCCGAUUAAUUCAUUAUUGACUUUAACGACAGAUAUCUCUCCUAUGUGCCUUAUCAAGACAUGGACUGCAUAUUUGUCUAACAUAAUCAGCGAUACAAACGAGAACGAAGUCAAAAUCAUCGUUUUCGACGCGUUUCGAAAAGUUGUUUUAGACACAGUUCAAGAUACAUGUUCUUUUGAUAGCGCUCUUAAGCUCAAACCACAACUACUUGAGCUAAACAAGCUAAAUGACCAGUUAAAUAGGAUGAUGAAAGCGGAAUCAGUUGAUAAAUGGAAAGUUGAACGUCUAAAAAGGUCAGAACUUAGAAACCUUGUUACAGACCUUCGAAACUCAAUAAGAGAAGCCAAUAAAGAGUACUCUGAAACGCGAGAAAAGAUGGUUGACAUCGGAAUUCAAAAUGUCGAAAAAUUUAACGAUGAAGAAGAACAAAAGAAGUUGCAAAGUAUUGAUCUCAAGCAAUACUUGGAUGCUCGCAGACAGAAAAUCAAGCAAAUCGCAGAAGAAAACGAAGAUUCGAUAAAUCAGAUCAAAAUCUUAAGGAUUUUGAACGUUUUAGUUCCAAUUGGCAUCAAAAAGCGUUUCACGGCUCUCAUCCAAAACAGAGAAACACAAGUUCGAUCAAUGACAGGUGCUUUGUUAUGGCUAAGAAAAUCUUCCAUCACAGAUACAUCCGAAAUCAACACGAACAUGAGGAAAGACUUGAACGCAUUGACAAAAGCGGAAUUCCUUGUUGAAGAACUGAAAGAAGAGCUUGAUUUGGCAAAACACGACAGUGCAAAACUCGAAAACACCAAUGGAAUAAUACAAAAAGAAAUCACUGAAAUAGAGUCAAAAAUAAAAAGUUUAGGUUUGGUCGACGAUAAAGGAAAUUCUCAAAUUUUGGCCCAGAUAAUUUCUAAGCAAGAUGAACUGGAAAACAUGAUAAAUGACAGUGAACUCGUAGAUGAUAUUGUAGAGCACCAAGUACGUGAGCCACACCAAAAGGCCGAAGCAAUAAGAAGGCAAAUACAGCUUUCAAACUAUAACAAAAUUAAACAUGAAAGUGAAAAUAAUUUGGUCAUAAAGAAAAUUCAAAAAGAAAAUGAUUUGAUCAAAAUUGAAAAUGAAAGAAUUAAACAGAAGAUUGAUGCAAUGAUAAAAGACAAAGAAAAUGAAGUUUAUAGAAGAUCUCAUGAAAUUGCAAAGAAAUUUACUCCUCAAAAGGUUAUUGUCAGCCCAAGAAGGAGUGUAAAGCCCAAAUAUAAAAAGGUAUAG